GGGGGGGGUCCUGUGGCUCAAUACUACCACCAUAUACUUUCGCUGCUACACAUUGAUUUUGCUUGGAAACACCGGUAAUCGAUAUAAUCCUGGUGCCUACAUUCGAUGCGCCCAGCUAGGCUAGUCUCGUCCUUGAUAGUACAGCACAAACACAAACACACACACACUCACAGACCUCCGCUUCAGGAAGUUCGGUUACGACUGUUUCCUGCGGUAUUUAUUACUGUGUGUACGACUUCGAUGGUUCCCGUUUCGUCCACUUCCUAAGAAGGCAACAAACCGGAAAGUUCAACCAUGCCACAACACCGCUCCGAUCCCUUCCGUUGUCUAUCGCCAUUGGUAAGAUAUAAACUUUUGCCACCAGCUCUCCACAACGAGGGGUAAACUGCCAACAACGCUGACGAACGUACGGAUCACUACGAAGUUACGUGACCGGAAGCAGUUCGGAAAGCGAAUCUAUCCAGCAACGAACGAUGACAUGGAAAAGGUGCUUUUUGGACUGGGAAAAGGGAACUCUAUAUAAUCCACUUCCGUGCGGUUCCUGCAAAGCAGGAUCAGGUGUAUAUGCGGCACAAGAUCCGCACCAGUAUCGAUAUCCGCAGAGCCACAAGCAAGAGUCGGAUUGGGUACGGAUUUGGUGCUACUUGCUUAACGAGCAGUUGCUGCGGUAUUCGCAAUGUUUCCAAGUUUAUCGCCAGCUUAGCGGAUCAGGCCGUUAGGGAGCAUCACUGUGGAGGAACGCAGAAACUUCUGUCCCGCCAUAUCGAGCGUCGUAUGACGUUUUAAUGUUAGCAGCCUCGAUGUGUUUGUAAUUGAAGCAAUCAUACCCUGUGGGCAGGAAGUUCGAUAACGACCAGCUAGUAAAAUGAUCGUUAAGAAAUAAUAUUAAAGCGUCGCACACACCUCACACGGCUGCAGUGCGUACGACGAUGAAGACUUUCGGUGUAUCACAAAGUGGAGUUUUUUGGUUAGGUACUCUUCCAACCUGAGUUAUUCUCUGUUGCAUUGCUUUUGAACAAUCCUUGCGAUCUAUUCUUUCAUACAGUUGUCAAUCUCCUUCACUGCAUCCUUCCUGGCGCAAGUUGGAGAUGUCAGGUACAAUAUCCUGACACAUGUACACUGAAUAUCGUGCGUAUUGGUAAUGACAAAUGGAUCGGUCGGUUAGCGACAAGUAUAGUUAACUACACGUCGAAAGCAACGGUCAUCAAACGGUGUCUGCUGCUGAACAGUGUCUCGGUUCAAGAAAUGUUGGAAGCAGCCAGUCAUCUCUUCGACCAAAUUACGCUCCAGCAGUACCACGAACGCAUCCUAGCAAUAACAAACAUCAUGACAAGUGAGUUAAUCGCAUUACACUCAGCACCACUGCUAUCGCAUCUUGCGAUCGUUCCCAACCAUUACCUGGAAUCGAUCCACAUCGUCAACAGUAAAAUGCGAGAUAUUCCCGAAACGAUAACCAACCUAAUCAAUCUUCGGUUUCUUGGCAUCGACAAAUCCUACAUACGUACGCUGGACAUAGGCCUACUGUGUGCUCUCCGCAAUCUGACAAUAUUACAGUUGACCAAGAACCAGAUCAGUGUGCUGCAUCCCGCACGCGAAUCUUCCUGUCACAUUACGGUUCAAGAUCUAUUUCUAGACCAUAACCAUUUAAAGGCACUAGAUAUGACGGUACUAGGACCAUUCGUUGCGCUUAAACGUUUGUUUCUCCACAGCAAUAACAUGAAAUCGCUCCACUGCUCGAAUGCAACGAUCUUUCCGCAUCUCCGCUUGUUAAUGCUGGGACCAGGGAACAAUUUAUCGCGGAUAGAAUUCGAAUUGCUACACUUGCCUUUCGCACAAAGUCUAGACCUGAAGGGCAAUCAGAUUAAGAAAUUGCCGUUUCUGAACCACAACAACAUAAUCGAUUUGGAACAUAUUCAUCUCGAUGGCAACCAGCUCAGCACCGCCGAUCUAGCCAAGUUUCGCUGGCACAACAAAAUAGACGGUUUCCAUUUGUCCAAAAAUCAACUACACUCCGUCACUUGCAGCCAAUACGUUCAUUUGCCUUUGCUAGUGACUAUGGAUUUAUCCACCAACAGGCUCGAAUCCUUUACGCUAGAAAACUGUAGCUUUCCCAAACUAAGCAACAUAUUGUUGAAGAAUAAUCAGUUCCAAUAUCUACCGGUAGAGCUCUACAUUAGUGGCGUGUCCCCCGUCUGUAUGCUUCGCGUUGAGGACAAUCCAAUACAGUGUAGUUCUAUGCAGAAGCAUAUAGAACUUAUAACUACACAUUACUACAAACGAAAGCUGUGGGUUACAAUAGUAGGAAACUGUAGCGAGGUAAACUUCACCGAACACAUACGCAUUAGCGACAUUGAGUCAAUAUGCUGUGUUAGGUGAAAUACAUCCGCUAU